AUAGACUUUUUCCCCUUGCCUAGCGCACUGCUGAGGAGAAAUCACGUGCAGGAGGGGCCGGCCCUACCCUUUCUGCUUUUUAUAAGCGAGCUGACAUGUUUGAACGUUGUUCUCAUAAGGAAGUACACGGGGCACUUUUUUUUUUUAUUGCAAGUGCAGCGCCCUUUUUAGUGAAAGCUUACGAACAUAUGUUUUGAUGAAAGACUGAAAAUACUAAAUGAAAAGAAGUUAACUUCAGGUUUCUGAAGGGAAGUGCUGUGCUUGCAAAGCUGGCUCUAGCAGAACAAGCCUAGCCACUGGACGAGGAGAAGAAAGCAUUGACAUCAGCAGGCACCCAACAUUGCUGGUGCAAUAGACCUGGAAGGGACCAAGAUGUGUUCACUAAGUGAUGCCAGUAUGGAAGAAAUACCGCUGGAAGAUGAUGAGCAAGACAGCAUAGAAUACAGGAUCCUGAUGGCCUAUGCCCAGCGGCGGUUGUCUGUCAGUAAAUAUAGGAAACUUCUGAAAAAUGAGGCUAAUGUGCAGAAAUCGUCCUUAAUCGGGAGAAAAGUAGAGACUGACCAUCAAAGGGAUAAAGAGAGACCAACCGUAAGAGAAGCUUUCCAGAGUGGAGUGAUUGAACGGCAGAGAAAAAAGCAGUCAAAAAGAAGAUACUUGCCAGGAUACUGUCUACCUUUUUUCUGCAGCAGAGCAGAGCAGGAAAAGUCCUCCACGCCGUCAUUGCAACAAGGUCAUGCAGAAAGUCCUGAGGCACAUCCUAAGAUUGUUCCAGAAAGGAAUUCUCAACGUCAGACAAGUGAAACAGCAGAUGUCAACCACAUUGCAGACAAACUUGCCAAGCUUGUUACUUCCAGAUCCUGGGAAUCUCCCUCAGAUGUGUCAUUCAGGACAACGGAUCAGGACCUGCAUCAGAAACAAGACAAUAACAAUCCUACUGAUGAAAUCAAGGAUGAAGAAAAGAUAAUACAAACAGUAGUUACACUGUUAAGACAAAAAGGGGACCAACUAGAAGAAAAGAUCAAAAAGGACAAAGUUUUCAAUCAGCGUUUUAAAGACAUGCUGUCCUACACCUUCUUCAAGAGGAUCACUGAUUUGUUCCUGGAGGACGUCUCAGCAGUUUCCACAAGUGAGCCAGGAGACCAAGUACAAUGCACAAAAGUUGCCUUUACAAUGGAAGUUGCCACCAGACUUACUGCUGUGGACAACCACCCUAUGAACCUGGUCUUGGGCUUCGGAUUAAAGUACCUCAGAGAACACUUCAAGCCAUGGAUUCAGGAGCAGGGUGGCUGGGAGAAGGUUUUGACUUCCCUGGAUGAGGAAGAAGUCGAGUAAUCAUGCCUGAAUUCAUUCUUCAGGGUGCAGGAGCCUUCAUUUGAGGAACACACUGGAUCUUACCAUAAACUGAUGCCACAACAAUUUGUGGCUGUGUAUUUUUUUUUCCUGGAAGGUUGGAGUGUCGCAUGGCUAACUCCGAUGGGUACAAUUGCACCUUCUUAAAGUUGGUAUUGAUGUAGGAGUGUUCUUCAGUGGAUAUGAAGGCACUUUCAAGUCCCCUGGAGCACUCAGUGCCACAGAUAGUGAUUUUAGAUAGCUUUCUGAGUAGAGAUGAUUGCCACUUCUCCUAUGGAUAAAGUUAAAGUGCAGACUGGAUAAAAACAUCAAAAGAUGCAAUCAAGAACCACUGGACUGUGAUCAUCCAUUAACCAAGUGAGCCAUGUGCUGCCAGAUUUGUGGAGUUCAUAGAGGUACCAUCUGCUAUCAGUUCCACAGUCCCUUGUUAGAAGAUACACCUACACACUGCUAUCCAUUUCCUCUUGUCACCUCCUUCUCUGAUUAGAUUCUCCAAAGCAUUGAUGCCAUUUUAUACUUCUGAAAGGGUUAGUUAGGGCUUUUUACUCCACUGCCUUUCCCCUAGGAAAACAGGCUUGAUCUACCUACAGAUUCUUUUAAUUUGAACUCUUCGCUUUUUAACACCUUCAAAGAAUGGCACAAUAGACAUUGACUUUUACAGUAUUAUUUUGUCCAUUAAUGUGGAAGAUACAAACACUGUGAGCACUUUGUAGUCCAAGAAAUUUAAAGUUUAUCCUACUGUCCCGGUUUUCCUCCUUAUUCAAAAGCAGCUUGAUGCUGUGUGUAAUAUCUCAGGGACUUCUCCAUAAACUGAACUGACCCUUCAUCCAUUGAAAACAAGUGAUCUGAUUAGAGUUCUUGACUCUGUACGUGUGGCAGUGGAAGGAAUAACAGCUCAUCACCUGAAGUAGAGGCAGCUGCCAGUGAAACUGUUCAUCCUUUUGAGGCUUGGUUCGUGGCCCAUUUGGCUGAUGACUUUUGGAUUUCUGUCCCCCACAAACCCCUGGUGGAGAAAGAUGGAACUCAGGAUGUCUGCUGAAGCCAAAACCAUGGCAUUGCCUCUGUGACUUUCCAGUACAGACAAGUAAUGUUUCCUGAAGGGGCUCCUGCCUCUCAGUAAGAUUCCCUUCCAUUACAGGUACCCGUUCAGUGUGUACAAGUACGUUAACUACAAAGAUUACAUGAAGAACUUAUCCACAAAUUGUGAAUUUGAAUGAAAGGGAUAAAAAGCGUUUUAACUGGAUGUAUAAAAUAUGCAAUGCUAUCAAAGAUCAAGUAUUUUUCUAAUAAACCUAUAAAACUCAUGUGUAG